AUGAGCGACUGGGACUCCGUUACUCGCAUUGGCGCUAAGAACCGUGGCGGCGCUGCCCCUCGUGAGACCGUCGUCAAGGGCAAGAGCGCUCUGAAUGCCGCUCAGCGUCAGGGUCUGGUCAUUGGAACCGAGAAGAAGUAUGCCAGCGGCAACACUGCCGGACGCUCGGCAGCCGUUGAGGGCCAGCACUUGACCAAGGUCGACCGCAGCGACGACAUCGUCAAGCCCAAGACCGUGGGUUACCAGGUCGCAGACGCCAUCAAGAAGCGCCGAAACGAGGAGGGUUACAAGAUGACGCAGAAGGAACUUGCCACCAAGUGCAACACCACCCCCGGUGUCAUCCAGGACUUCGAGAAGGGUACCGCCACGCCUGACCAGAAGGUUCUCAGCGCCAUGGAGCGUGUGCUCAACGUCAAGCUGAGAGGCUCGGACAUCGGGAAGGAGAGGUUCCCUAAGAAGAAAUAAACUCAUAUCCGGGGUGAGACCGCCGCUUCUUGCAAGGGGAUAAGGAACGGCUCAGAAAUGACUUUUUUUUCCUUUCUCUCUUCUUUUUCUUAACAUAUCCCGGGAUUUUUGACCUUUUUUUUCCCUUUCUCCCCCUUCAGUUUCGGUUGUUACGUGACGCAACAUGUGCAAUGAGGAUUUCAUGUCUUUUUUUGUUAUUACU